UUCUCUCAACUCAACCAACAAAACAAAAAUUUGCUCAUUUCAAACACAUCUCAUUCGCCCAUUUCUCACACCAAAAUUCAUAGUUCCAAAAUAAGAAGACAAAACUAAAAUAAGGAAGAUUUUCUUUUACACCAAACCAUGGUGGUGUUCUGUUUUUUGGUGGAUCAGAAGAGGAAAGUGCGGCGGAGCAAGCCGGCGGCCGGAACAUGUUCGCGGUGUGGCGGCGGCGCUAGCGUGGCCGAUAUGAAGACCGCUACUAGAUUUUGUUGCGUCCCAUUUUAUUGGAAGUCUUGGAGAGCUAUCAUGUGUACAUUUUGUGGUGCUAUACUUCGCUCUUAUAGAUAAAUAAUUAAUUCUUCUUUAAUUUUUUUUUUGGGGGACUUAAAGCCUCUCUUUUAUUUCAACUCAAAUUAUUAACAUUUUUUUAUUGUUGGUUUAA